AUGCCAUGGUUGUGGUUGCGUGAAACAAUAAUCGAUCCUCAUGGCGAAAGAAUUUCAAUCUAUGGCGGAGUUAUACCAUUCUGCAAGAAUAGCGCCAGCCCCACUAAAAAUAAUCGAUUUAGCAAAGCUACCAAGAAUAAGAAAUACCCUAAAGUAGAUUUAGGCGAUGGAUGUGGAAAUCUUUCAAUCAAAACGCACCUCAAUAAUAUUUGGAAGUCGGUUCAUUCUAUAGAAAAUGAUAUAGAGUAUGGAAUUUUUGAAAAACUUUGUAUUAUUGAGUAUGAACUAAGCUGUAUAAAUAAAGCAAAGCAACCGUGGAUAAAAUCUGAGACAGAGAGUAAUUCAUCCAGCUCUGAUUCAGAAUCUAUCAGUUCAGACUCGUAUGAUCUUGAUCCGAUAAAACCCCGAAAGAAUCGUGUUCAUAUUAGCGAAGCUAGCAAGGCUAAAAAGAAAAAGGUUGACUCUUCUAUCCCGAAAACUUCGUAA